GCAUCUUCGUCGAUACCGUGUGCUCUCUCGUUGCAGCGGUAUUCCUGAACCCGCUUCUCACUGCACCAGCCGCCUGGUUCCUGCGUCACUCGUACCCGACGUCCAGCGUGCUCGUGCUAGCAGCCGGGAUCGUCUACCACCUCAACGGCUUCCUGAACCGCUGUGCGCGCAACAACUGGCGUCUCGGGCGGCUCGACGGUGGACGAGCGCCACUGGUACUAUUGACCGGCGGGAGCAGUGGAGUCGGUGCCGCAGCGGCAGGAAUGUUUGCCGCGCGCGGGGUGGAGGUGGUAGUUCUCGACCUGAACCCGCUGCGUGCCGAGGCGGAGCAGAACCCGAGGAUCCACUAUUUCCGAUGUAAUGUUAGGGACGACGCGGAUGUGGUCAGUACUGCGAAUGCCGUGAAGGAUAAGCACGGUGAUCCGACGGUGAUAAUCAACAACGCCGGCGUGAAGUUGAUCGCCAUAGUCUGUACAUACAAGGCCGACGGCGUAUGCGACAUAAAUUGAAUUUCUCUCUCUCUCUUUUUCGAAGAAGAAGUGAAUAGGUAGAACCAAUGAUCCAACCACAAAAUCCGCAAAGCCUGGAGGAGUUCCUUCACUCAACCCCGCAGG